AUGUCCACAACGGCAAAAGUCGCCGUCUCACAAAUUCUUCGCCAUAAAGAUGAUUUGGGUGACGAGGACAACGAACCCAAGAAGAAGUCUAGAGAAGACUGGCGGAAAGCGAAAGAAUUAGAAGAGGCUCGUAAAGCGGGGACUGCACCUGCUGCAGUAGAUGAGACAGGGAAAGACAUAAAUCCUCACAUCCCACAAUAUAUAUCAUCUGCACCAUGGUACUAUGGCACAAGCGGACCUACACUUAAACAUCAGCGCCCACAAGAAGAUCGAGAAGGCAGCUUUACAAAACUUGAUACAUACUAUAACAAAGGUGUUGACAAAACUAAACUCGCCACAAAGUUCAGGAAAGGUGCAUGUGAAAAUUGUGGAGCUUUGACUCAUAAGAAAAAAGAUUGCCUUGAAAGACCAAGAAAGAUUGGAGCAAAGUUCACAAACGCUGGUAUAGCACCAGAUGAAUUCAAUCAACCAAACCUGAAUCUAAGUUACGAUGGGAAAAGAGACAGAUGGAAUGGUUAUGACCCAGCCGAACAUAAAGCUAUUAUAGAAGAAUAUCAAAAAGUUGAAGAAGCCAAAAGAGAAAUGAGAGCUAAGAGAUUGGAGGAAGAUCCAACUGCCACUGAGGAUGACGACAGAGAAGGUGAAGAUGAAGACAAAUAUGUUGAUGAAGUUGACAUGCCCGGUACUAAGGUGGACUCGAAACAACGUAUCACAGUACGGAAUCUACGAAUUCGAGAGGACACGGCCAAAUAUCUUCGCAAUUUGGAUUUGAACUCUGCAUACUAUGACCCCAAGACGCGCUCCAUGAGAGACAAUCCACACCCUGAAGCGGCCGAAAGUGACUACGCGGGCGAGAACUUUGUGCGCCUGACGGGCGAUACGGUAUCUCAUGCCGCGGCCCAAGUGUUCGCUUGGGAGGCGCAGUCGGCGGGGCUGGACGUGCACCUAUUGGCCGAACCCACUAAGCUGCAAAUGUUGCAGAACGACUAUCAUCACAAAAAGGAACGUUUCGAGGGCCAAGUAAAGCAAUCGGUGCUAGAUAAGUACGGAGGAGAAGAACAUUUGAGAGCUCCACCGCGUGAAUUGCUUCUAGCGCAGACUGAGGUCUUCACUCAAUACAACCGAGAUGGUACACUUGUCACAGCAUCUGAAAAACAGUGGCUUAAGAGCAAAUAUGAAGAAGACACUUUGAUAAACAACCAUACAUCAGUUUGGGGCUCCUACUGGAAAGAAGGUCAAUGGGGGUACAAGUGUUGCUAUUCUUUUAUCAAAAUGUCGUAUUGUGUGGGCGAAGCGGGCAAAAGCGUCGUAUCGGAGGUUACAAGCAAUGCUAAUGUUUAUGCGGAUAGAAAAGCCGUUGCAAAAACGGAGAACUCAUCAUCUUCUAGCUCGGAUUCUUCGGAAUCGGAAGCUGACUCUCGAAGUAAGACUGAAAAAACGAGCAAAAAAAAGAAGAACAGAAGGAAAGCUAAGACAAAAAGAAAAACAAUCGAAAAAGAAAAGAAGAUGGAAGACAAGUUGAAGAAGGCUCUGGAAAUGGAAGAAAGAAAUCAGAGACACGCCGAAUAUUUACUAUCUAAAGAUGAAAGGAAACGACCUUACAAUAGUAUGGUCGAAGUGAAAGAACCAACGCAAGAUGAAAUGGAAGCCUAUAUGAUGAAGAGGCGCCGAGAUGAAGAUCCGAUGAAUCAAUUUAUGUGA